AUGGCAAGCAAUGUGCAAAAGCGUUUGGUUUUGAUUGGCUUGGGAAAUCCUGGUGAUAAGUACAAGCUCACCCGACACAAUAUUGGUUGGAUGAUUGUUAAUGAAUUCAUCAAGGAAUAUUCAUUUCCGGCUUUGAGAGAAUCUAACAAUGAUGCCAUGUUGUCGCAGAGGGAAAAUGUUUCGUUUUGGACACCUUCGGAAUUGAGAAGAAGUUUUGUUGAGAAAGAAAUUCAACGUUUGAGGAGUAAAUGGUAUCAUGAAAAGAAGAGGGAAUUAGGAGCUAAUUUUGAUGAAAAUAAUAUUCAAUAUCCAAACUUUGGAAAUGCUGACAUUGGUAUGAAACAAUUGGAGGAUCGUGUGAAAAAUAUUAUUGCUUAUCCUACAUUGGAUGUUCACUGCAUGUUACCAUUAUCUUUUAUGAAUUUGAGUGGUGGACCUGUCAAGAAAUAUUUGGAUAUGAAUGGAAUGAAAAUUAAUCAAUUGGAGGAUGUGAAUAGAAUUUUGGUUAUUACCGAUGAUGUUUCACAACCAUUUGGAACAUUUAAAUUAAAAGCUAAGGGAACACAUGGAGGACAUAAUGGACUCAGGGAUAUUGAAGCCAAGCUUGGAACUGAUAAAUAUCACAGACUUAAAGUUGGUAUUGCUCCACUCAAAAAUCCAGAUAUGGCCAAACAAGCAGGUCAAGAUUUGGCCAGUUUUGUCUUGGGCAAUUUCACUCAUGAAGAACAAAAAGACUUGCCAAAAGUCGUCUCUAGGGGUGUUGAAAUUUUGAAAGACUACAUUUCAUUUGACUUCAAGUAUGUCAAGACGUAA